CAUAGAGAAAAGGAAAAGAGAAUGGAAGGAUAAAAUUGGCCACUCCUUUUAGUGAUGGAUCGGGUUUAGCUGACAGGUGACCAAAAAUGAGGCUUAUGCUUUAAGCAAUAUAAGUUAAGUAGCGAGUUUAAUCAAGUAUUAACACUCUGGCAGCCUCACAGAAAGAUGUCCUGUGAAAUGCUUGUAGCUACAGGCAUGUGAAAACAAUGAUCAUCAUGAUUUAGAAAAUUGAACAUGGGAAAUGAGAUGGGCAACAACAACACAUCUGGACUGCGAGAAGAAGAUAGCACGACUGAUGAGGCUCAGGAAAAAUCUGUACAAGAACCUACUAAUGCCAAUGCCGUGAAAGAAGAAAACCAUGUAGUUCCUGCAGGAGAGAGUAAAGAUUAUCAUGAAAAAGUGAAAGGGUUAGAUCGUGAUGAUCGAAAGGGUUCUGGAGAUACUCAUGAUCAUAACCAGACAUCGGAUGAGGCAGAACAUGCUGAAGCUCAUCCAACUCCGGAGUCUCCUAAAGCUGAAACGAAACCAAAUGAAGUAGGUGGUGGAGAUAAUGAAUUUCACCCAGCUUCUUUUUCGAAUGAAUUGGAAGGUAAUGAGAAGUCAACAGAGUCUCAUUUAGAGGAGACUGUUCUUGGAGCAAACAGUAAUCAGCUAGAGAGGCAAGCUUCCUUCAAGAAAGCAGAGGAACAGGAGAUCAUGUCAGUUUCAACUUUUGUCACGAUAUCACCAUCACAUGAUCCAGAACCUCAAGAAUCUAUGGACUUGAAGUUUGAUCAACAGGAGUUUAUUGAAAAUCAUUCCGAACAAUCUAUAAAAGAUAGCACUAAUUCACUGGAAACAAGUGAAAAUAUCGUAGGAUCAAAUAUUGUUGAAGAUAUCAUCACUAAGGAGAAUGGUCACCUGGUGGAGACCUGCGCUUAUGACAAUCUGGAUGGAAUUCUUGUUUCUGGGACCACUCUAAACAUGGAGAAGAAAAUGGGUGACUUGUCGGAGAAAGAAAUGGCAUCUCAAGAAGAUAAGAUGCUUAGUGAAGAGAAAGUUGACGUUGAAGUUGGAAAUGAGGUUGGAAAUGAUUUAAGCAAAACAGUUGUUAUGGAGCCAACAGCGAUACGAUCAGAUUCUCGAAGUGAGCACAGAGAGAAAUGUGAAGAAGAGUUCACCAGGGAGAUGGAUUGUUAUGGAAACAAUUGCUCAGAGUCACAGCCACAGGUCAAUCUUAUCGCUAACUCAGCAAACUCUCAUAUGGAACUAUCUGUGCCUGAAGAUAAAUGCAUGGUCCUUACUGAAGAAACUGAAUUCACGAGAAAAGAAUCGGAAACGGAAGUUAACAAGCAUGAUUACAGCCCGAAUCAGUUAAUGGAUGAUUCGAAUAGAGAAUCAGAGAUUGAAUUGAAACAUGCAUCUCAAAAUGAUUCUUUUCUCGGGCCUAGUUUCAAGAAUAAUGAGGAGAGUUCAGUUGAUGCUUCUCAUGAUCCUACUAGCAACGGAAGCUGUCAAGUUGAGGAGGCAAAGGUUUCUGAGAAUGGCUACAUUGACUUAUUCAACGACAUCCAGAGUGAAGCUUCUGAAGACGGCUGCAAGGAAUCUGAAGGAGACGCUAUGAUAGUCCCUGAACUUGGAAUUAUUCCAGAAGAGUUAUCCAUGUCCAACGGGAAAGGCAAUGAAGGGGGAACAGAUUGUAAACUGGAGGAAGAGAAGACAGCAGAGAAGCAAAUUGUCGAAGAGAUAAAGGAGAAGACAGAAGCUCCAUGUGCCAUUGGAAAGGGUGCAGAAGAACAGCAAGGCGGAGAACAGUUAGUGUCCAAAACACUUGCAGUACAAGCAGAAGCAUAUAACCCACAGGCUCCGGCUUCUCUGUUCCAGUCUCAGGAUCAGCAACAAGAAAAGGUAACGGUAUCUGGCGAUGCUCAAGGCAGCAAUGGGUUAACCUUGGAAUUGAAGCCCGAGAGUUGCCAGGAGUUCCUUGUUGCAAAGGUUUCUACUGACCAAGCGGAAUUCAUGAAUAUUUUAGGGACCUCAGAUUCUGCAGUUGAGUUGGCAAUGGUCAAGCCUCAGGAAGAAGCUUCAUACUAUUUCAUAGCAGCUCGAGAGGUAGUGAGAGAAACCAAAUCUUUAGCUUUUGAUCAAUGUGAGAAACGUGAUUCAACUAUCUUCCCAAAGGGUGGCUAUGAGGCACAAGAAAGUGUGGGGAGGCUCAGCACUGAAUCAAAUCCCGACAACCUGAACAUUCAUGUACAGAUGCGAAAAUCUCCAAGCUUUGAUCUUGAUCUCCGAAUAGAAGCAAGGAGUGAAGAGUCAGAUCAGACUCCACUUCUUUAUCAAGACAAGAUUACAGUUGAAAGCUUAUCGGAUCAGUCUGAUGUCAGCCUUCAAAGUCCACAUCUGCUUUCUCAGUGUAGUCAAGAAACACUGCGAGCAUUGCCAGUUGAAGAGAAAGUGAUUGCUCUGGAAAGAAGUGAUUCUGAGAAGUCAAGAACACCAUUCCUUGGUUUCUUGAAAGAAGAUGAAGCGGCUCAUGCUGUUGUUACACCAAAGAAACAAGAUAACCAUGCUGCUGCAAAGAAGACAACUAAGGAUCUGUGGAACUCACCUACAAAGGAAGUGGCAUCGGCUUCUCCUAAAGGUAAAGAGAAACAUAAGCGCAGAACAUCCCUCUUUGGUCAGUGCAUGUGUUGUGCAACAGUGAUUAAUUAAGUAGAAAUUCCCAGUUUUCGAGUUUUACUUUUCAGGAUUUUCUUGAAUGAAUUUCAUUUUAAUUCGAGUUUUUCAAGAAAUGGAGUCUUGAUGAAAGGAGAAACUGUCGGUUGGUUCAGUUAACCCAAGAAAGAGUGAUUACUAAAUCUUCUGCAUCUGUAACUUUUUUGUGAUCUUUCCUUUCUAUAAUUCUUCUAAUCUUGCAUUGCGUUGUAUUUUGAUGCAAGCUCUUAGCUGAUUCUCUUGAUUUAAUUAUUUUGUAAGUUUUGUUUGUUUGAUAAUGUGUUGGACAGAAAUUGGAAGGUUUGGAAAGGAAAUUGCAAACCAGACAGCUUUGCUGCUGCCAUUGAUUGUAUUAUUUGUUUAUUCUAUUUAUAACACAAUCGUAGCGAAGAUGUUUGAAA